AGCAGCAGCGGCAGGGCCUCGACUCCCUGGACAAACACACCCCCUCUGACCACAGACUCAGCACAGCUCAGGCGGUGCUGUCUCUGCGUUCCGAGGGCGACUCUAAGCUGUCGUCCCUGCGGGGGCGAGUGGAGAGUGUGUGUGAGCGCGAGGGUGUGGAGGAGGAGAGGAGGCGGGCGCUCCUGCAGGCGCUGGGAGGUGCGGAGGAGCGCUGGAGAGGAGCGCUGCAGGCCGCUGAGGAGGUGCGGAGCCAGGCGGAGCUCCAGGACUCCCUCUCCAGGGAGCUGCAGGAGCUGAGUGCCCAGCAGGAGAGCACUCUGGCCUGGGUGCAGCAGCAGCAGCAGGCCCUCGACUCCAUCGCCAGAGGAACACACGGCAGCCCAGAGCAUCUGGAGGAGAGAUACAACCGAGCACAGGCUGUAUUGAAUGUGAAGUCUGAGGGCAAUGGGAAGCUGGUGUCUCUGAAGAGGAGAGUUGAGAGUGUGUGUGAGCGCGAGGCUCUGGAGGACAGCAAGAGGCGGAACCUUCUGCAGUCGCUAAGAGACACGGACGACGAGUGGAGGGGAGUUCUACAGGCAGCCACGGAACAACACAGUGUGCUGAAGCGGGUCGUGGAGCAGAUGGUCUCCUGCCAGAGCCAGAAGCAGCAGACCCAGGACCGCCUGGACGGGCUGCGGAGCCACACAGACCAGCUGCCGCGCCGGUUCCCCUGGCCGGGUCUGGGCGACCGGGCCCACGCGCUGGAACAGGCCGGCGGCCUGCUGGACCGAACCAGAACCCUGGCGCCCAGCCUGGCGGGCCUCCGGGCCAUGGGGCGCGAGCUGUACCAGAUCACACACGACCCCAGCUGGACCGGACCCGCCUGGGCCGCCAUGGAGGAGAGCGUGCCUGUGCUGGUCCUGGAGCUGACGGAGCUGAUUAAGACGUUGGAGGAGGGUAUCGUGACAGAGAGGAGGUGUGCCCAGCUGGUGGAACAGCACAACGCCGCUCAGGAUUGGCUGAGAGAGCAGGUCAAAGGUCUCCCUGCCCCGCCCACUGGGCGACAGGACCUACAGGCGUCCGUCAGCACACUCAAGGCUCUGCUGCAGACGGUGGACAGAGAGCAGAGUGAGCUGCGUGACUGUGACGUGACCAGAGACUCCCUGAUGCACCUGUGCACACCUGGCGGACGCGACUCGCUCAGCCUGGAGAUCAAACAGCUGCACGACCUGUGUGACGUCUCAGAGCAGGAGGUGCGUGGGCAUCUGUCGGUCUGUGAGGCCCGUGUGGGGGAGCUGGACCGGCGCCUGGCGCUGCGGACCCAGAGCCUGGGGGAGGAGCUGGAGGGCCUCCUCGCGGAGCUGCGCGCCCAGGACCAGGUGCUGGGCUACUGUGACCAACACAGAGGCAUCAGCCAGCUGCAGGAGAGCUGGCAUGGACUCAAGUACUGUGAGAAGAGCCUGGAGGGGUUAGAGGGUAGAGUUCGUGACCUCAGUCUGGCCAUGCACACGCCACCCUCUGACGAGGAGCUUCCUGCUGACAUCAUCUCUUCUGUUGACACGGUGACGCAAAUGUACUGCAGCUUGAGAUCCAGACUGUCAGACAGACAGACAGCGUGUGCUGAGAGCACGGUGCAGAUCGUCAGAGAGUCCCUCAAGACACUCCAGCGAUGGAACCAGACAGCACUCACACAACAGGACCACGAGUCCACCUUCACUAUACAGGAACUGCUGGAGGAGGGUGCCAUUCAGCGCCAGAGCCUGCAGGUGGCGCUGUCUCAUAAGGAGCUGCUGAGAGACUGCCUGGGCCCGGAGCUGGCUGGGAAGAUGGAGCGAGACGGCACCCAAACGCUGAAGGACGCUGAGACACACACGGCCUCUCUCACUCAGAGACUCAAGGACAUUGCAGAGCAGAAGAGGACGGAGGCCAUCAGACUAUCCAGGGAAAUAGAGUUGAAGUUUCCUAUUUCUGUUGAGAAAAGUUCCAGCUUUCCAGCAGUUUUAGUCAGCUCUGUACUCAGCCCACGCCAGCAGGGGGCGCCCUCCUCAACCACAGACACCCCUACCCAGAGUCAGCCUGAACAGACACAGGAGAGUAGUCUCACUGUGAGUGAACCCCCACGCCACCAGGGGGCGCCCUCCUCAACCACAGAGACCCCUACCCAGAGCCAGGCUGACCUGGUUCAGGAAGAGCAACAUGCUGGCCUCCAGCACCCAGCUGACACAGACUACAGACAGUCUCCCGUUCGAGUGAUCACACAGAGCCUGGCUGAGGCUGAGGCAGAGUCGUCCGCCGCGCUGGGCGCCCUGCUGAGGGAGAUGCACGAUGAGAUGCAGGCGUCUGGAGCCGCCGCCGCCGCCACUGCUGCUCAGCAGAGGAGGGCCGUGAGCCACGACAGAACACACACACCUGACGCCGCGACCCAUGACAGAACACACACACCUGACGCAGACAGAAGGACGACUGCCCCUUCGGCCGAGACAGAGACGAGUCGAGGUGACGGGGAGUGGAGGGUGAUCCCCAUCACAGUGGAGGAGGAGACGCGUCGGGCAGAGGAGGAGGGCACACGGCGGGCCGUGACAGGAGACCUCAGUGGGUUCGAGGCUUGGCCUGCAGAGGGCGCUGGUGUGGAGAGAGAGAGGACAGAUACACAUGAAGCCGACGCCCCCAGGGUUAGACACGCCCCUAACACCCCUGAUAGGGACGGAGCCCAAGAAGACGCCCCGAAGCCCAAGAGGAGAGUGGCCUCCCUUAUUCUGGACGAGGACACCAUUCACAUUCAGAGUUUCGAGGCGUUGGACACCGGCAGCAGUGACAUCACCAGUGACAUCACACGCCUGGUGUCUGCUGGGGCGGCGGGCUACGACACCAGAGCCGCUGCGCCGGGGGAGGAGCUGCACACGGAGACCAGGGUUCGUCCCCCUCGGGAGGAGGAGCCACGUGUGGAGGGGCUGGGUGGAGAGGCUGAGCCAGUGGAGCGAGAGUCUGCACGCAUGGCACAGGCCCAAACUCCGCCAGCCUCACCCACCGAAGCUGGCGCGGCGGCAGGAGCACACGCUGGCGAUGCUGUCGGAGCCUGGACGGGCGACAAUGGCCCGAACGAACUACGCAGAGAGAUAGACCACUGGACCAUGGACAACGGACCGCGGGAGAUCCAGCAGCGCUACAUCGUACUGGAACACCCUGCAGAGCAGCAGCCUGUGCUUCAGAGGCAGCCUGGUCGAGUGCUGGGCGCUUGGCAACCAGACGUCAUCAUCGAACCGCCCGGCCCAGCCGAGGUGCAACGCAGCGUGCCGCGAGUGAGUCUCACUGGGGCGCUAGAGCAGGAGGACAGAGGAAGUGAUGUCACUGGGACACUGGAGCGGGAGGACAGAGGAAGUGAUGUCACUGGGACACUAGAGCGCGAGGACAGAGGAAGUGAUGUCACUGGGACGCGAGAGCGCGAGGACAGAGGAAGUGACGAAGGACAGACAGGGCGAGAGGUGUACGCACCACAGAGGGACGACGACAGCGGAGUCCAGGAAAAACUCCAAGAGGAACCGGCCAAACCGGCUGCACCCUCUCGAAGGAUGAAAGGUCAGAGGUCAGAGGGUGAGCAGAGAGAAGCAGGAGUGCUGUGUGCUGAGACUGAACCCCCAGGCCGCCACCAGGGGGCGCCAGCCCCACUCUCACAAACACAUGAAGAGCAUCCAGAUGCUGAUCCUGUCAGUCAAGCGGAGAAGGAGGCGGUCCAGCCGACUCCACCAAUGAGGAGGCGCAAAGACAAGCAAGAUGCUGAUACUGUUAGUCAAAUCAGCUCUGAGACCCUGCCACCAAUCCAGCCGACCCCGCCCACAAGGAGACGCAAGGAGAAGGCUGAUCCUGAUCGACUCAGUCAGGUCAGCCUCGACCUCCAGCUGGACAGCACAGUGGUGCUGCGGAGGCAGAAGGAGAAGGCAGGAGAUCAGAUCAUCCCUGGUGGUUCUGCUACCAGUCCGUCUGAAGGUCUACCAGCACCACCAGCCAGGCACCGUCGUACAUCCCAGAUAGAAAGUGAUCGGAUCAGCAGCACGGGUGGUUUUGAGGUUCUUCCGACUCCACCAUCCAGAAGGCGUAAGGAAAAGGCUGAGGAAGAUCAGAUAAGUCUGGGAGGUUCUUCUGUCGGUUCUCCCGAAGUUCUGCCAACACCACCGAGCAGACAACGCAAAUCUCAAGUAGAAGGUGAUCAGAUAAGCCUGGGUAGUUUUGAGGUUCUGCCGACUCCGCCAUCCAGAAGGCGUAAGGAAACGGCAGAGGGGGAUCAGACAAGUCUUGCCGGUUCUAUUGCCGGUUCUGUUGCCGGUUCUCCUGAAGUUCUUCCCACGCCACCCAGUAGACGACGCAGGUCCCACAUAGAGGCGGAUAGGAGGUCUGUGUGUCUGGACACUCUGCUGGAGAAACCAGAGGUCCAACCCACCCCACCUGCCAGGAGAAAGAAGGACAGAACACAAGAGGAGGAUAAAUCCCUGAGCAGUGAAGCGCCAAAACCACAAGGGGGCAGUGAAGUACCAAAACCACUAGGGGCAGUGAAGCGCCAAAACCACAAGAGGGCAGUGAAACACCCAAACCACUAGGGGGCAGUGAAGCACCAAAACCAGACGCAGGACCAGCAGACUCGGCUGCCAAGCCAACCCGACCAGCGAGAGGAAAGGAGGCUGGAGGUGACAAGGCAGUGACUGCUGCUGCCAAACCUGAGACAGAGGAAGUGAUGGACAGACGCUCCAUGACACAGGAGGCUGAGAGCGAGAGAGAGGCAGCCCUCAGUGAGGCUCCUGCCAUAACUACCCCUAAAGACCCACCUGAAGAGGUAACUACCCCUAAAGACCGAGCUGAAGAGGUAACUACCCCUAAAGACCCAGCUAAAGAGAUAACUACCCCUGCCAGGCAGGAGAAAGACAGAGCUGAAGAGGAAAAGCCAUUAGUCCCUACUACUGACGAGAAACCGCCUCCACCAAUCAGACACAAGGAGAAGACAGAGCCUCCUUCACCAGUGUCGGCCAAUCAGAAAGCAGAGCAGGCACCACAAACCAAACCAAUAGGCAAGCCAGAAGAAAAGGAGGGGAGUGUUAAACAUCAGGCAGCGGUGGUGGUGCAGUUGACCGUUGCCGUGGAGACAGAAGCCUCAGAAAGCCUUAAGGUAACCCUGAAGAGGGCU